CUGCGUGACACAUUUGUGCGUCAGGUACCCUUUCCACAGAGCUCUGAUCGGGUUACCCUGCCAUGCUCCAUCUUCCAAAGCAUGGUCUGGGGAGGAUGAGAUUGGGAGGGCAGGCCUCGCCAGAACACACUGCCAUCCAGCUGGGAAGGAGAGGAGGGCUGUGCUCCCCCAAGACCUUACGGCCUACUGAGGGCAGGCCGCUUACUGCAGAGUUGCACCCUGCCCAGCGAGACUGCUCCAGGGGGGACUUAGGUGAGUGGAGGAUGGACUGCAGAAAGCACUAACAGGACUGUCCUGCCUUUUCUGUGUCCACUUCCCCGAUCACUGAGACUGCCUUUGAGGCCGUCUGGAGCACACAUGCUCAGAAAGGAUGUGCAUUAGCUUGGCCCCCCUUGAGCAUCGCAUGCCCUGAGCCGGGGUUGCUGAAGGCAAAUGUGGGGACUGGAACUGGGGGCUGCCAUUUGCUGUCCAAUGGCUUGGGGCAGGCCCCAGACUCCUGGGAUACCAGCAUCCUCAGCCUUGCCCGUGGGUUGGCAGUAGCUGUAAGAAUCAGAGCAGCUUCCCUGUCCAGACACCUCUGAAGUCCUGUCCCUGGGUGGGUGUACUCUCUCCUUUGACCCAGCUCCCUGGGAGCUGCCCACCUUUUCUCCCAGCACACUCAUAAGCCAGUACCCCUGUGGGCCAUUCUGUGCCUUAAACAUGCCCACAUCUGGCUUUCAAGGCACCUUCCCCGGCUUCUCCCCAAGCCUGAGUGCCUCAUCAGCGGGAGGGUCCUCUCAGAUUCAGAAAGUCACCCUUGCAACCUGCUUCCUGAAAUGCCAGAUGCCAGACCCCUCCUGCCUGCUUCUGCCUCUCUGCUGCUUCUGCCUCCUCCACACCUUGCCAGCCUCCUCUCUGUGGCUCCAGCCAGUUCAGUCCCAGGGCCUUGAAUUUGCUGGAUGAGCCCUCACUUGGAGCUGGGCUCCUCUCAUUCAGCCCCCUCCUCUCCCAGCUCCCAGGAAGGUCACAUGUAGGCUUCACUGAGGAAGGGCACAGGUCUGGUGACAACUGAGGCCUCCUUAGGAAGAUACAAGUUCAGUGUUGGGCUCUCUUCCAGGAGGGUGACCCUCUACCUCAUGGUGGUUCCUCUGGGUGAGCUUCUAGCCAGGCCCUCUGUCAAUGCCAGCUUCUGCCCAGGGCUGUGGUGUUUCCUGGUGGCUUCCUGUCCUUUCACCUUCAGUCACCCCAGCUCCCAUUUCCAAGACUGUUGUCACUGGUGCUGUUAGGUUGGGACACUGUUUCUCCAGACAGUACCUGCCUGGGGGCGCUGGAUCUGUCUGUGGAGCAAAUGGAGACAUGUUCACCACCUCAGAGAGAACCAGGCUCAUGACCUCUGGAAGGCGGUGAGGACCCUGAUGAGGACCACCAGGUUGUGGGGCACUAGUCAGGGGUCCAAGACCCUUGAUAAAUGUGAGUCCAUUAACUUGUGAAAAACAGGCUUUCGUGUAACUACUCCCAGUCUUUCCCUUCUGCAAAUCUGAAUCUCUUUCUGCCAGACGUCCUUGAAAUCUCUCACCAGCUAUGAGGCCGUGGCAGCCCUGAGGGGAGCUGGAGGCUAGAACCUGGCCUGGCGGCCUGCCGUUGCAGAUCUUCGGAUCAGCCUUCCACGCCCAGCAGCCACCCCCGGCAGCAUCCCUGGUCAUCAGAGCAACUGCGCACCUGGUUUGGGAAUUCCUGGGUCUCAGUGAGGAUGGAGAGUGGCAGAACCAUGAAGUGGCAAUUGAGCAUCAGAUCAGGGAGUGAGAGUUUCCUUCCAGGGCAUUUGGUGCAUUUAGGUGAACUAUAAGACCGUGCUUGACCUCAGCGAGCACUUGAUAUUAUCAGAGAUGUCCCAUGAUAGGAAUCUGUGGCCACCUGUGAUUGCGUUGGAAGUCACCUAGGAAAGGAGCUCCUGCUUAGCGCCAUCUGUAUGUGGCCUCCCACCACCUUUUCAUGGGGUGGCUCCCUCCUCUACCCUGUUAGCCCGUUGGUUAUCAGUCCUCUGUCUUGGCUGGCAUGGCAUUGGCAAGGAUAGGGACCUGGAAAUGACUACAUUUGACACUUGAGUGUGGCCUGUGCAGGGUCUUGCCUAUGAGCAGAUGCACCCACUUCCCAUGAUGAACCCCCGUGUAGGAGGCUGAGGGAGAACAGAAAUGAAUCCCCCAGUGCAGGCUAAAAGGGCGGAGCGUGACCUUCCAUCUGAGGGUCUUCUCUGUAGCCAACAGAGGUGAGCAAGAACAAGGUCCUGCCUGGGGACAGGUGUGCACAGGAGGGCUAGCACAGAGCCUCGCUUUGGGCAGGGCUGAAGAGGAUAGCUGACUUCCCCCGAGGAGCUGAGCAGGUGCUGCAGAGCAGAGUGCCAGAGCUAGCCGUGGGGUGAUUAGAAAGUGGCAGAGCUCUGUGGUCAGCUGCACAGGGCUGAGGUUGUGAGGUGUGAAGGAUCGCCUGUGGUCUCUCCUGGCACUCCUCAGGCCCUCAGACAUGUACAGCGAGGACAGCCUCUCACUAGGCAAGAAGGGCAUCUGCCUUAGUGGGAAGGGCCCCAGGCCCAGGCACGCACUGAGGAGAGCUGUGCCACAUGGCGGCAGGAGCAGGCAGGAGAACAUGGACUGCCUGGGAGAAAGGGACAGGACUGGACUAUGGGGACUGCCUGAGCCAGCAAGGGCCAGCCUGGGGGGCCAGAGUAGGGGGCACAGGGUUGCGUCUGAGGUUGUAACAUGCUCAGCAACAGGGUCGUCACUGGCCGCUGGCCACUCACUGCCAGAGCCAGAGAUGCAGAGGGGCUGGAGGCCCUUCCCUCCCUGACCUGCCAUGGCCACAAGGAGAGGCUUGGAGGUAAAAGCCGGCGAGUGCAGCCUCAGUGGUCCCCUCCAGCUGGGACUGAGCCGUGCAAGCUUCGCCUGUACAACAGCCUCACCCGGAAAAAGGACGUGUUCAUACCUCAAGAUGGGAAAAAGGUGACCUGGUACUGCUGCGGGCCCACUGUCUAUGAUGCAUCGCACAUGGGGCAUGCCAGGUCCUACAUUUCUUUCGACAUCCUGAGAAGAGUGUUGAAGGAUUACUUCCAGUAUGACGUCUUCUACUGCAUGAACAUCACAGACAUUGAUGACAAGAUCAUCAGGAGGGCCCGGCAGAACUUCUUGUUUGAGCAGUAUCGGGAGCAGAAACCAGCAGCCACCCAACUCCUGGAGGACGUUCAUGCUGCUCUGAAGCCAUUUUCAAUAAAGUUAAGUGAGACCACAGAUCCUGGCAAGAGGCAGAUGCUUGAGCGAAUGCAGCACAUGGUGGAGCUGGCCAUAGAGCCACUUGAGGAAGCUGUGCGCGCCAGCCUCUCUGGAGAAGACAUCGCCAGCCAUGUUGAGACGUUGCUGGACAAGGCAGAGGACUUGCUUUCUGACUGGUUGGACUCCACGCGUGGCGGUGAGGUGACCGACAAUUCCAUUUUCUCCCAGCUGCCCAAGUUCUGGGAAGGGGAGUUCCACAAGGACAUGGAAGCUCUGAACGUUCUGCCUCCAGAUGUCCUGACCCGGGUUAGCGAGUAUGUACCGGAAAUUGUGAACUUUGUCCAGAAGAUUGUGGACAAUGGCUAUGGAUAUGCUUCAAAUGGGUCUGUCUACUUUGACACCCUGAAGUUUGCUUCCAGUGAGAAACACUCCUAUGGCAAGCUGGUGCCCGAAGCCGUUGGGGACCAGGCAGCUCUGCAGGAGGGGGAAGGCGACCUGAGCAUCUCGGCAGACCGCCUGAGUGAGAAACGGUCUCCCAACGACUUCGCCCUGUGGAAGGCCUCCAAGCCAGGAGAGCCGUCCUGGCCAUGCCCCUGGGGGAAGGGUCGUCCCGGAUGGCACAUCGAGUGCUCCGCCAUGGCAGGCACGCUUCUGGGAGCCUCAAUGGACAUUCACGGAGGAGGGUUUGACCUCCGGUUCCCCCACCAUGACAACGAGCUGGCGCAGUCAGAGGCCUACUUUGAAAACGACUGCUGGGUCAGGUACUUCCUCCACACAGGCCACCUGACGAUCGCAGGCUGCAAGAUGUCAAAGUCUCUAAAGAACUUCGUCACCAUCAAGGACGCCUUGAAGAAGCACUCAGCACGGCAGUUGCGGCUGGCCUUCCUCAUGCACUCCUGGAAGGACACGCUGGAUUAUUCCAGCAAUACCAUGGAGUCGGCGCUGCAAUAUGAGAAGUUCAUGAACGAGUUUUUCUUAAAUGUGAAAGAUGUCCUUCGAGCUCCUGUUGACAUCACCGGCCAGUUUGAAAAGUGGGAAGAUGAAGAAGCAGAACUCAAUAAGAACUUUUAUGACAAGAAAAGGGCAGUUCAUGAAGCCCUCUGUGACAAUGUUGACACCCGCACCGUCAUGGAAGAGAUGCGGGCCCUGGUCAGUCAGUGCAACCUCUAUAUGGCGGCCCGGAAGGCUACAAGGCGGAGGCCCAACCGGGCUUUGCUGGAGAGUAUCGCUGUGUACCUCACCCACAUGCUGAAGAUCUUUGGGGCCAUAGAAGAGGAAAGCUCCCUGGGUUUCCCAGUCGGAGGGCCUAAGAACAACCUAAAUCUCGAGGCCACCGUCAUGCCCUACCUGCAGGUGUUGUCGGAAUUCAGAGAAGGCGUGCGGAAGAUCGCCCGGGAGAAGAAAGUCCCUGAGGUUCUACAGCUCAGCGAUGCCCUCCGGGAUGACAUCCUGCCGGAACUCGGGGUGCGGUUUGAAGAUCACGAAGGACUGCCGACAGUGGUGAAACUGGUGGACAGAGCUACCUUGAUAAGAGAGAGGGAAGAGAAGAAAAGGGUGGAAGAAGAGAAGAGGAGGAAGAAGGAGGAGGCUGCCAGGAGAAAACAAGAGCAGGAAGCGGCAAAGCUGGCCAGGAUGAAGAUUCCACCCAGUGAGAUGUUCCUGUCAGAAAGUGACAAAUACUCCAAGUUUGAUGAAAAUGGCCUGCCCACGCAUGACGCUGAGGGCCAGGAGCUGAGCAAGGGGCUUGCCAAGAGGCUGAGGAAGCUCUACGAAGCCCAGGAGAAGCUGCACCAGGAGUACCUGCAGAAGGUUCAGAACGGAAGUCUGCAGUGAAGGGGCACAGGCUGCCUUCCCAGCGCCACAGGGACUGAGGACCUCCGCCCAGGGGCAGCGCCCGCACUCCUGUCCUGUUUACAGUGGUCCUCGGGCCCUGAGCCAAGGAUCGUGUUCACGUAGGUGCACGUGGCCAGCGCCCUGAGACUUACCAAUAAACCUUCUGAACAGUGAGGCCCUGCCGCCCUCUCUGCCAUUAUCCUGCCACUCAGCUCCUGCUGGAGCCGGCAGCGCGGCCGCUUGGUCAGCAGGUUGUGACUUAAGCGCUUGGUCAGUGGAGCCAGCGGAGGAAUUUCUCCACAUGCCAGCAGCCCGGCUAAUCCCUGCUGUGUGGGUGCAUUUGGAGGUAUUUGAGUGAAAAAGACGGGCUCAGCCUGGCGGAUCCCGCUGGGCCCCAGACAAAGGCCACUCAGUCUGCCCUCGGCUCUGAUGAAUAGCACACUGCAGGUUUCCUGGAGCAGCAGGGCUGCGGGUGGGCCCUUGGCCAGCUGCCAGGGCCUGCCAUGGCUGACAGCAGCCCAGGGUCUGAAGGGCCUGCAGGCGAGAGAGAAGGAGUCCCCACACCUGGGGCAUGCCCUCCCACCCGCCACCCACACGGGUGCUCCUCCUGCUGAGAGUGACACCUGUCCUCAGAAGCACCCAGCUGUCCUUGGAGAGGUGUGAGCAGGAGCAGAACCUGCCUGUGCCUGGGAGAGCUGCCAUGGGCCAGUUCUUAGGACCAAGGGCAGGCAUUGGUAGGGGCCAUAAACUGGGGCGUGUGGCAGUGCCCACUGGUAGAUGCACCCCGUCCCUAUGCUUCUGUCUGUGGGGAGCUGCCCUGAAGGCCCCACAAGGUGCCAAAUGCCAAACGUGGCAGCGUGAGACAGCUGGUGCAGGGCCUUGGCCCAGAGCAGGAGGCUAGGCUGUGAGCAUUGCCCACCGUCCUGGGUGCUGCAGUUUGACUUUAAACUUUAUUGGUGUUUUAUAUUUAAAGAAGAAAGUCCCCAAGACAGCACUAAGCAGCCUGUCCCAGUUAGCUCCUGCUAUAUAACAGACACCCUAGAGCCGGGUGACUGAGAACGAUGACUGGGACUCGGCAGGUAGCUCCUGGCAGUCAGGCAGCUAGUCUGAGGGUUACACCUGGGCCCUGGGCUGGGGCUGCCUGGCACUUCUCAUUGCUGUGGUCUCCCCUGGUGACUUCGGUGGCAGUGUCCAGCAAGAAUAGCUGGAGGGUUCUGACCUCAGAGGCCAUGGCCUGACUGCCACCUUCCUUCCUAGUGGAGGCCAUCUCAAAGACCCACCCACGUCCCUGGGGAGGAGCAGAGACAGGUUCUGGAAGAACGUGGGGGAAACAGGAAACCACUGUGGCUAUUUCCGAAUGUGCUGUCUGCCACUGUGGUUGGUUUGGUCGUGUGGUGAGGCGGAACUUCACAGCAGGGAGCAUGUGGUGGAGCAGAGCUUCUCUCCACGUGGUGGAGGUCAGGUGCAGAGAGGGAGGAGGGGGCAGGGAUCCCAGUCUCCCCUUCAGGGCCUCACCCCAUGACCCUAUUUCCUGCCAGUUGGACCCCCCACCUCCCAACAGCACCAUGGGCUGGCGACCAGACCUUUGUACCUGGACCUUUGGGGGACAUUCAGAUCCAAACCAUGGCAGCCAGAAACCAUGAAUCAGCUCAGCCUCAGAGAUGAGGUCAGCUCCAGCAGAAGAGGCUCUGCCUUUGUUGCACACCCCAGUGACGAUGUGCCUGGGCUGCAGAGCAGCCCACUGUGAUGUGGUCGUUCUGUUGCUAGUAACAUUGGCGGUUGUCCAAACUAUAUACGCUGAGACAAUGCAAGCAAUACUGAUGUCAGCAACCAGGGUUUGAAUGUAAGAGAGAAAAUACAAAUUAAAAAAACAAGGAAG